AUGUAUCACCUAGCACAUGUAUCACCUCUGUACACAGCUGUGCCUCUGUACACAGCUGUGCCUCUGUACACAGCUGUGUCUCUGUACACAGCUGUGCCUCUGUACACAGCUGUGCCUCUGUACACAGCUGUGCCUCUGUACACAGCUGUGCCUCUGUACACAGCUGUGCCUCUGUACACAGCUGUGCCUCUGUACACAGCUGUGCCUCUGUACACAGCUGUGCCUCUGUACACAGCUGUGCCUCUGUACAGAGCUGUGCCUCUGUACACAGCUGUGCCUCUGUACACAGCUGUGCCUCUGUACACAGCUGUGCCUCUGUACACAGCUGUGCCUCUGUACACAGCUGUGCCUCUGUACACAGCUGUGCCUCUGUACACAGCUGUGCCUCUGUACACAGCUGUGCCUCUGUACACAGCUGUGCCUCUGUACACAACUGUGCCUCUGUACACAGCUGUGCCUCUGUACACAGCUGUGCCUCUGUACACAGCUGUGCCUCUGUACACAGCUGUGCCUCUGUACACAGCUGUGCCUCUGUACACAGCUGUGCCUCUGUACACAGCUGUGCCUCUGUACACAGCUGUGCCUCUGUACACAGCUACCCACGUAACUCAGACCCACGUAACUCAGACCCACGUAACUCAGACCCACGUAACUCAGACCCACGUAACUCAGACCCACGUAACUCAGACCCACGUAACUCAGACCCACAUAACUCAGACCCACGUAACUCAGACCCACGUAACUCAGACCCACAUAACUCAGACCCACGUAACUCAGACCCACGUAACUCAGACCCACGUAACUCAGACCCACGUAACUCAGACCCACGUAACUCAGACCCACAUAACUCAGACCCACGUAACUCAGACCCACGUAACUCAGACCCACGUAACUCAGACCCACAUAACUCAGACCCACGUAACUCAGACCCACGUAACUCAGACCCACAUAACUCAGACCCACGUAACUCAGACCCACAUAACUCAGACCCACGUAACUCAGACCCACGUAACUCAGACCCACGUAACUCAGACCCACAUAACUCAGACCCACGUAACUCAGACCCACGUAACUCAGACCCACGUAACUCAGACCCACGUAACUCAGACCCACGUAACUCAGACCCACGUAACUCAGACCCACGUAACUCAGACCCACAUAACUCAGACCCACAUAACUCAGACCCACGUAACUCAGACCCACAUAACUCAGACCCACGUAACUCAGACCCACGUAACUCAGACCCACGUAACUCAGACCCACGUAACUCAGACCCACGUAACUCAGACCCACGUAACUCAGACCCACGUAACUCAGACCCACGUUACUCAGACCCACGUAACUCAGACCCACGUAACUCAGACCCACGUUACUCAGACCCACGUUACUCAGACCCACGUAACUCAGACCCACGUAACUCAGACCCACAUAACUCAGACCCACGUAACUCAGACCCACGUAACUCAGACCCACGUAACUCAGACCCACACACAAGCUUAUAUUUCUUGCCCCGACACAAGCUUCUAUUUCUUCCCAAGACACAAGCUUAUAUUUCUUGCCCCGACACAAGCUUCUAUUUCUUGCCCCGACACAAGCGUCUAUUUCUUGCCCCGACACAAGCUUCUAUUUCUUCCCAAGACACAAGCUUCUAUUUCUUGCCCCGACACAAGCUUCUAUUUCUUCCCAAGACACAAGCUUAUAUUUCUUGCCCCGACUCAAGCUUCUAUUUCUUGCCCCGACACAAGCUUCUAUUUCUUGUCCCGACACAAGCUUCUAUUUCUUGCCCCGACACAAGCUUCUAUUUCUUCCCAAGACACAAACUUCUAUUUCUUCCCAAGACACAAGCUUAUAUUUCUUGCCCCGACACAAGCUUAUAUUUCUUGCCCCGACACAAGCUUAUAUUUCUUGCCCCGACACAAGCUUAUAUUUCUUGCCCCGACACAAGCUUAUAUUUCUUGCCCCGACACCAGCUUCGAACUCUCCCGCUUCCAGCUUCAAUGA